UCAAAAGGGUUCCAAUUCAGCUAUAAGCUUCACUCUUUCGAGCAAAGCACUGAUAUUCUGCCGGAUUAUGAUAAAAAACUAGUACAGUAGUGUAAAAAGGAUGUGGUGGUGUUUAUAACUUCCGAAAUUAAAUACAUACAUAAAAAAUAAAUUAAAAAAAUGGCCAUAAGAUAAAAGUGAGAAAGUGUGUAGGUUUGGUUCUAAAUCUCCUAGAUAACCUCUAGCACAAUCGAAAUAGAACACACCUUGAAAUCUCUGGAAAAUUCCUGAAAUUUGGUAUGUAUGUAAAUUAAAGGCCAGUUUUUCAUGUCCUGGGACCUCAAGGAAUCGCAGCCAUCUUUGCAAAUGUGUACCAUCCUGGAGAAAUUCGCGUUUUACUCUAAAUCUACGUUAUCUAGGAAAAUUAUGGUGUUAGACAACAUUUAAGCUUAUUAAAUUCUACACAAUAAAGUUCUAGAUAUCUUUGCGGAAAAAAUACAUUUUGUUAUAGCGUUUAUACACUUCCAGGGGACAUUCUCUUAAUAGGAAACUCGGAGGAAUAUGAAUUCCACUUUUGUCCACACAUGAUCUACCCCUAGAUAUUCCGGGGAUUUAUUAUUUAAAACGCCAAAUAGGAAACAUAUUAGUCCAUAACAAAGUAAAUAAAAGUUGGUGCCAAGACGCUACUUUGUUUAACCUUAUGGAGUUAUAAUUAUAACCAUGACAUGAGUGUUAAACUUAAACAAAAAAAAACCUAACGGAGAUAAGACCACUGGUGUUGCAUUUUUUAUAUUAAAAAUUAUAAACUUUAGUCAGAAAACUGCAGUUUAUUCAAUUUGCCAGAAAGGUAAAAACACUUCACUUUAGCCAAGUUUACCCAAAAUGUUUCAAGUGUGGUGUCGUGUUGUUAGUUUUUUUUUUUUUUUAUUAAUAAUUCCUAACAUGGAAGAGUUCGAUUGUUCUUUAAUUACUCCUAGGUGCGUUGGAUAAUUCCAUAAUUUAUAUUUACCAUAUUAUAUCAAUUGAUUUUAUCUGCAAUUAUCGGCAUGAUAAAGCAAACGAAGUAGUAUACGUAUAAUAAUUACUGUUCUGACUUUAAUCAAUCAUUGUGUUGGUAUCAUACGAGUCGAACAAAAAAUGAAAAUCGUCACCGCUUUAUUCUUAGCAUUAGUAACAAUUAAUUUAAAUGAAGUUGACUCUUUAAACAUACUUGGAAUCUUUCAAUAUCAUGGAAAGAGCCAUUUCUUUGUAUUCGAACCGUACCUCCGAGAAUUGGCGAAAAGAGGGCACAAUGUUACGGUCAUAUCCCAUUUUCCUCAAAAACAACCCUUACAAAACUACACCGAUAUCAGUUUGGCUGGUAAAAAGGAAAUAUUAGAAAGUGUUAUAAAUAUGGAGCAGAGUAUAUGGUCGACGGUUGAAUUGACAAAAUAUAUUUUCGACAGUGUUAUGGAAAAUUGCAGGAUACUAGUGGAAGACGAGGCUGUACAGCAAUUAGUGAAAUCCCGGACGAAAUAUGACCUAGUGCUUGUAGAAGCGUUCAUCAGUGACUGUGCAUUAGGAUUAGCUUACAAAUUGGAAGCUCCGGUGGUCGCUCUAACGACGCAUUGUUUAAUGCCAUCGCAUUACGAGAGAUUUGGCGUUCCCCAUCAACUUCUACAGAUUUGGCCAAAUCCAGAUUUCUUAACACGUUUUUUAUUAACAGUGUUUUUACCACCUCUUAAUUGGGUGUAUCGAUACUAUCAAAAUGCGGAACAAGCGAUUCUGGCGGAGUAUUUCGACGAUAUUCCACCGCUCGAAGAGUUAGGGCAGGAUAUCAAGCUGCUUCUUGGAUACUUUCACAAUUCCAUGUUCGGUCCUCGAGCUUGGCCCGAAAAUAUAAAAGAAGUCGGGGGAUACCAUGUAGCCAAACCGAAACCGCUGUCUGAGAAAUUAAAACAGUUUAUAGAACAAUCGGAACACGGAGUUAUAUACGUAAGUUUUGGUUCAAUGGUAAAACCGACAAGCCUUCCGAAGUAUAAACUGGAAGCCAUAGUAGGAGCGCUGUCGGAGCUACCACAACGAGUGGUCUUUAAAUGGGGAGAGGACCAAUUACCUGGGAAUCCGAAGAACAUAUACGUGUCGAAGUGGUUACCGCAGAAUGAUAUUCUAGCUCAUCCCAAUAUCGUGGCGUUCUACUCCCAUGGCGGGCUCCUGGGUUCGACAGAGGCCAUACACCACGGCGUCCCCGUGGUUCUCACCCCAGUAUUCGCCGAACAACCGCUGAACUCUCUAGCUUUGGAAAUGAAGAGAUUUGGCGUUCGCAUGCCGUUUGAUGAACUUACCAAAGACGCGCUGCUAGAAAAAUUUAAGACCGUUUUGGAUCCAGAGUUCAGAAGAAGAGCAAAAGAAAUCUCCAGGGAAUGGCAUGACCGACCCAUGUCGCCGAUGGACAGCGCCAUCUAUUGGACAGAGUACGCCGUCCGCCAUCCAAACUCCACGCUUCGAAUAGCUGCAGUAGGCAAACCUUAUUACCAACUUUUAGGGUUGGAUGUGCUAUUCACUAUUUUUAUUAUUUUGUUUAUUAAUUUGUAUGCAUUUGUUUUUGCUAUUAAGUACUUUGUAUUUGGAAAGAGAACGAAAUCAAAGAAGGAUUAAAGUCGUGAUGGGUGUUUUAAUAUAACAGUAAUAGUAGAUUGAUAACCAUGAAAUCAAAGGCACCCAUUUCUGACGAGAUAAUUAUGUCAUAAUAUAAAGGGGCCCACUGAUUAGCAGUUCGCCGGACAAUACGAGUAUCUACCUGUCAGUUAUUCGAUUCAAAUUGUCAGCUUUUUCGAAUAACUGACAGGCCGAUAUCGCCCGGUGAACGGUGAACUGGAAAUCAGUGGACCCCUUUA